CCAACAGGCGGGGUGGAGUGGAAGCAACGUCAGAGGAUCUGAUCUCCUGGGGAGAGAGGGGAAAGCUUCAGGGACACAGUAACGCUGGCCCAGGUCCUGUCUCCGGCUGCAGGAAGAAGCGCUAACUCCCUAUACACAGCAAGAUGUUCAAAACGAUCUACAAUUACUUCUGGUGGGACAAACUGUGGCUUCCUGAGACUGUGACAUGGGCGGACCUUGAAGAUAAAGAUGGUCGUUCAUAUGCCAAAGUGUCGGACCUCUAUGUAACUAUCCCCCUCGCAUUUGUGUUCCUUGUAGUGCGAUACCUCUUUGAAAUAUUAGUAGCCAGUCCACUUGCAAAUGCCCUUGGUGUGAAAGACAAAGUUCGGCUACGGGCAGCACACAACCCAGCUCUGGAAAAAUUCUUUAGCUGCUCCUCAAAACACCCCAAACAGACUGAUUUAGAAAACCUUUCUCGCUCAAGUAAAUGCACAGUACGGCAAGUAGAGAGAUGGUUCCGCCGGCGAAGAAACCAAGACAGACCAAGCUUGUUGAAAAAGUUUCGGGAAGCCAGUUGGAGAUUCACCUUUUAUCUUCUUGCUUUCAUUGCUGGCAUGGCAGUCCUUGUAGACAAACCAUGGUUUCAUGACCUCCGUGAAAUAUUUAAGGAAUUCCCCAGACAGACCAUGCUUCCAUCACAGUACUGGUAUUACAUGAUUGAACUGGGCUUCUACUGGUCUCUCCUCUUCAGAGUGGCUUUUGAUGUCAAGAGAAAGGACUUUAAGGAGCAGAUAAUUCAUCACGUGGCCACAAUCAUUCUCAUCAGUUUCUCAUGGUGUGCUAACUACAUCCGAGUUGGCACUUUAAUCAUGGCUGUGCAUGAUGCCUCAGAUUUUUUCUUAGAGUCUGCGAAGAUGUUUAAUUAUGCUGGUUGGACAGAUACCUGUAACAGUAUUUUUGUAGUGUUUGCAGUGGUGUUUAUAGUAACAAGAAUUAUCAUCUUUCCUUUCUGGAUCCUACACUGUACCUGGGUUUACCCAAUGGAAAGUUAUGCACCCUUCUUUGGGUAUUACUUCUUCAAUGUCAUGCUUUGGGUUCUCCAGUGUUUGCAUAUCUUCUGGGCAUACCUCAUCCUUCGAAUGGCCCACAAGUUUCUUACUGGAAAGCUGGAGCAGGAUGAAAGAAGUGACAGAGACGAGACCGAUAUCCCUGAUGAAGAGGAAGAAGAACACACCAAGAAUGGAUUUCUUUCAAAUGGGCAUUCAGUACAGAAUAACAACCACCAUAAAGCAGAUUGACCUUGGAGUAGUGUGGCUCUUCUGCUUCUAAUAUCGCUUCCUAAACUAGUAAUUUCUAAGGAACAUGUUUAAAUCCUUAAGCCAUUAUUUCUAAUUAUACAUGAAUCCACACUGUUCUAAAAUUAUACAUCUUGAAGACACAGAUCAUCAUCUCAGUGACUUGAAUGUCCAGUAGACUUUCUCCACUGGACCUCAGGAAGUUGAAGUAAUCAGAUUUAGAAGGAAAUGUAUUAAUGCUUAAAAAUGUCCUUAAAUGGAGAUAGCGACUUUAAUUUUAUGAACUUGUCUCAAUCAUCUUCCGUUAUCUCUUGCUGCUUUAGAAUUGUAAAGAAGAACAUAUGGAUCACAUAAUGUUGUUUUAUUUAAUGCUAUCUUUGAUUUACAAAUUUAGGACCCUCGAUUUUCCCAAUCACUAGCUGAUCUUGCAAUUCUGGUUUGUUGUUAUCCAGUGAGAACUCUCUAUUGAACAUAGGAGAGUGAGGGUCUUAUGACCUGGAGACACAACCUUGCUUAAUCAGUCUUUUCAGUAUGGUUGAUUUCUACCUACAUAGAUUUAUUGUCAUUUGAUGAACACAUGCCUUGUACAGGCAUGUAGGAGGUUGACCUGUUUCUGUACAUCUUUUGUAUUUAUGAUUCCCCCCCCCUCUCUCAAACCAUAUUAUAUCUAAUAUACAAGAUAUGAGUAUUUAUCACAGUCUCGAUUUAGAGAUUUGUUUUUAGAAUUCUGUUUGCUAGUCCUAGAACCAUACACACUAAAGCGACACAAUUUAAUAUAUCUCACUCUGGAUUUUGCUUUUACAAUCCAACUCAUAAUACAGAAUCCGCUAGUUCCUUUUUUUUGUUUUGUUGCCAAGACAUGCUUCAGUAUCAGUCAAUGACUCCUAAGAUGAUCCAGUAGGAGGCAUUGUAUUUUUAGAUCUACUGUUGCAGCUUUAAGUUAUUUGCAGUGUCACCUUGAAUCAGAAAAUCAUAUUGUUGAUAAAAACAAAUAUUACCAAGAUGGUCCAUCUUGUUUAUUAUGAUUUAUAGUCUUGCAUUAUUUUUAUCUUUGUCAAUUUUCUAAUAAAAUACAUUUUUCCUUG